AUGGGGCUGCACGCCAUCAUUUUACUCUGUGCUGUUGUGGCAGGAGCUUCAGGGAGAUCCUUGGAGGGUUUAAGUUACGGAGCUUCCUGUUUUGCGGAGUGUGUAGGACAUAGUGCAUCGUACUUCCCCAAAAGAGCUAGAUACAGCUACAGGUAUUCAACAGUCACCAGCACAUUCCUGCAGGGAAGUAUUUACAAAAGCAGUGGCAUCUCUCUGGAGAGCACAGUGAUCAUUGAGGUAUUGGGGAAUUGCCAGAUGGUUUUGAAAGUGCAAGAUGUACAGCUUAAGAGAAGUCUUGCAUCCAGAGAGGAGCUUCUGAAGGAAAUGGACAGUCUAAGGGAAAUACUAGAACAGCAUCCUCUUCAUUUUUCUUUCCAUGAUGGGAAAGUUCUGAAGCUCUGUCCUGUGAGGAGUGAACAGACCUGGGCACUGAACAUAAAGCGAGGCAUUCUCAGUGUCCUGCAGACGUCCCAAGCAUCCACUGCUAGUGCAGUCAUUGAAGAGGUGGAUGUUCUGGGAAUAUGCCCAACUAGGUAUCAGCGAAAAGGUCCUAUUCUUGUCAAGACAAGGGACUUAAACCUCUGCUCUCAUCGGUAUUCUGGUUUUACUUCUGUGCAGUCUGAUGCUCUUCCUCAUAUGUCGUCUGAGCAGCAGAUCCUGUCCUCCCAGCUGGAAUGUGUUCAGACCGUUAAGGAUAGAGUCCUGGCAGAGGCCAAAUGUACUGAGUCCAACCUUGUUACACCGUUCUCUUGGAAGGGCAGUGGGGCAAAGACGCAGACACGGUCUUCGCUGAAACUCUUUCAAGUGGAAACAGAGACACUGUACAAAAAAGUGAACUCCGAGGAUCUGUAUGUGACCAGCAUGCUCUAUGAAAGGGAACAAACUGAGAGGGAAGUCACUGGAGGGGAAGUGACUGAACUAGUGUGGAAGCUUUGCUUAGCACAUAGUGCGAGUUUUGAGACUGCAGACCUUUUCAUGGCUCUUGUGUUUGAGCUUCGACAUCUUUCUCUUGAGGCCUUAAAAGUGCUAUGGCAAAGGUCUUCAUUUAAAUGCAGAGACAACUGGCAGCCACUAAUAGAUGCUCUCCCAUCUUGUGCUACAGAGGCAUGUGUUGUCCUAAUGAAAGAAAUCAUAGCUUCCGGAGAAGUCGAGGAAGACAAAGUGGAAUAUUUCUUCUGGUCAUUUUCAUUCAUUCCUAAACCCACCUCAGGCAUGAUCGAAUCUCUUGCUCCUUUGCUGAAGUCACCGGGAGCAAGCCAGAGCUGCUUCUUAGGAGUAACUGCUCUCUUACAUAGGUUUUGUUCAGCUUACAACUCCUGUGAUGAUGUACCUGCUGUGCAGAGUGUGAUGAUGACUCUUGGGAAAUUUUUGGGAGGAAACUGUACCGUGCAAGAUUCAGAAGGACUCAGCCAGAUGCAACUGGUGUUAAAAGCCAUUGGAAAUGCGGGACUGGCAGCAGCUUCACUAGCUCCUGUUUUGAGCUUGUGUGCUUCCCUGAAAAGUAAUCCGAUCGAAAUUCGUCUAGCUGCUAUCCAGGCCUUCAGGCGCAUUCCCUGUUCUGUCAGGAAUGCUAUAUUAGUUCAGCUGUAUCAAGCAACUAGCGAAGAUGUGGAAAUAAGGAUUGCUGCUUAUUAUAUAGCAAUGAAAUGUCCACAUGAAGAGUUAUUUAAACAAAUACAAAAGACUUUGCUGAAAGAAACGUCCAGUCAAGUGGGCUCCUUUGUUUGGAGUCAUCUCUCUCAGCUCCUGGAGACAGAUGAUCCAUUGAAGGAACACCUUCGAGAUUCUAUUCCUGAUGAAAUCCUUAGCAGAGAUUUUGACCGGGAGACAUGGAAAUACUCUUCAUAUUCCGAUGUCACGUUCCACUCAGCUGGUGCAGGUGCAAAUAUGGAAGCAUCAGUGAUCUUUUCUCCUGCAUCUUUUCUACCACGAUCAGUCAUGACAAAUUUGACUGUUCACCUUAUGGGGCAGGCUAUAAACAUACUGGAGGUUGGUGUACGAUUAGAGAAUGCUGAAGCUCUCGUGCAGAAGAUUUUGGGGCAGAAGUCUGCUACUUUCAGUGACCAUUUUUUUGCAAACACUAAUGAAAGAAACCACAAGUCAGAAAACCCAGUGGAAACAACAGGAGAAGUCAAGCAGAGGAAGCUGACUUCGAAGCGAUACAGCCCUGCUGAUCGUCUUGUGACUGAGUCUGGCGAGCCAAAAUUGAGAAAAGCUAACCAGAAUUGUCCUGGUAGAAAGUACAGUAAGAUGAGCGAGUUAGUCAAAAAGUUCACUGAGAGAACAGUGAGAAAGGAGGCGCUGAAAUGUGGGCUAAGCAUGAAAAUCUUUGGAAAUGAACUUAGCUUCUUGGAUUGUGAAGAUUUAAGAAAACAAAUGAAACAUUAUUCUUUAAAUCUGGCUGAGUUGGCUGUCAAACUUCUGAAGGGGCAAGAAGUCCAGUUUAAUAAAAGGCUGAGUUUGGCCACUGAAGAGUUGCAGUUUCCAGCAAUUUCAGGCUUUCCUGUUCAGCUGGCAGUCAAUGCCUCAGCAGCGAUCAACAUAAAAAUCAAAGGGAAUGCAGAUUUCAAACAGCAGUCAAAUUUCUUUCUAAAUGGAUAUAUCAAGCCAAGUGCGUUUGUCCAGCUUUCUGUCCAAAUGGGAACUGUGGGGAUGCUGGGACAAGCUGGCCUAAGCUGGUUAACAGGAAUGAGGACAUCUACUAGUCUUGAUGGGGGAAUCCAGGUAAAAAAAGGGCAAGAGCUCAAAGUUUUCUUGAACACUCCAGAAGAAUCUAUGGAGAUAAUUAAUAUCAGCUCUAAACUGUACUUCACAGUGGUGGAUGAGACAGAAGAUAUAGAUGUUUUCCAAGACCACACAGAAACCAGAUCUUGCACUAGGGAGGAAGUGUCUAAGAUUAUUGGCUGGCAGCUGUGUUCUGAAAUGUCAUAUCCUGACCCGGCCAGUGGUUUGGUUUUCUCCCUUACUGGACCUUUGAGAGUGGCUGUCACAUUAACUAAGCAAGACAGAGGCCUGCAGCAGUACAUUUUGGAAGCUGCAUAUAACUAUAUUCCUCAGGAGAAUUCAUGGAUACCAAGUGAAGCUGUCCUUCACUUCUUCAUUGGGACUCCGAAAUCAGACUUGAAAAGGGAUGUUGGUAUUGACCUAAAUUUUAGUGUCCCACAGAAGAAAUUCAGAAUCCAAUUUAUACAACCUAAGAAAAAAAUUGAGAUUGAUGGGAGAAUUGAGUUUUCUAAAAAUUCACGAAUUGGACACCUGGAGCUGAUAGUAGAUGACCGAGAUGUAUAUUACAUUAAGGGAAUGACAGAUUUGCAGAAGCUGAGUGGAGAGCAGAGAUACAUGACCCAACUGGAGGUAAAGCUGAUAAGGCAAAGCAGUCCUAUCAUUCUGUCAGGAAACAUCACUAAACAACUUGGCAAGAAGAUAGCUUUUUCAGUAUCCCUGAAUAAUUUAUUGAAGGAUGCUGCAUUUCUUUCAGCAUUUCUGGAGAAAAAGGUUGAUGAUAAGCUGAGGCAAUACUCAUUGGAAGGGGAGACUUACCUUCCAGGUGUUCUUGGAGUUCACAUCAUCAGUCUUCUCCAGCAACGUGAGGGCUUGUGGUCUCAUGGAUUGAGGAUAAAAUAUGGACUCCUAGGAGAGGCAAAAAAUCUUCAUCAUGAAUGCGGUAUGCAGCAAAAGAUUAAAGUGGAGACAGGUGCACAUGGCGUGUACAAACUUGAUAUUGGGCAUGAAUUUCACUGUAUGCAGACUCCGACCUAUAAUCACAAGGUUCACCUGAAACAUGAAGCGAGUGCAUCUUGGCUUUCCUCCCAGAUGGAAGUGAACUAUGGAAAACACUGGGAUGAAAUAAACAACAAGAAGAAACUUCUGAUCAGCCAAGCAUUUAAGAACAGUUCCAGUUCAUCUCUAGUCAACUAUUUCAUGGAGUUUACCAUGCAAGUCCUGGAAAAACAGGUGAAUUAUAGAACCCAGCUGCAGCACUCGCACAACUCUCAGGUUUAUUUGCAGAGCAGCACCAACUUUGAGGUGCAGUAUAAUGACCACGUGCCAUUUGUGGCUGGGCUGCAGUGGAAAGACGCAUCCAGAAAUGGCCUGAAGAAGUGGGAAGGUGGACUAAAUAUAGACACCCCAUGGCUAUAUCUGUAUGCAGCUCACAAACUACAUCAGCCUCAGCAUUCUGCUUAUUUAUUGACUGUGGAGCUGACAACUGGAAAAGCUCUCUCCAUGGAGAAGCUCAUAGUGGAACUAUUCUAUAAAGAUCAAGGCAGUGAGAAGGAAGGGAAAGUUCACAUUUACACGCCAGCUACCACGUACCUGCAGGCAUCCACAUUUAAUCAUGUUGGGAGGAAUGUUCUGCAUAGCUCUAGUGAAAUGAUAUCUCUGUGGAAUCGGCUUGUGAAGAAUGAGAUUCAUUUGGAGAAUAAUGAACGAGCCAAAUUUCUCUGCUUUAAGAUAAAGAGUACAAACCAGGAAUUUAACUUCACAGCCAGCUAUCAGAAUCUGCCAAUGCCUAAGAAGACAAACUUUUCUGUGAAAACUGUAUGGAGAGAUUAUAAAAGUCUGCCUGUCGUGCUGCAGUUUGAAGGUCAGAUAGAAGAGCUGAAGAAGGAGAAGAUGCUCUAUCAAAAACGUGGAACCCUUCAUUUCAGGCAUCCUUUUAAACUGCCCAUUCUGCAGAGCUUCCUUCUGCAGGAGACAUUUACUGUUGACAAAAAACAAAAGCACUACUACUUGGAAACAAAAGUUUUGAUAAAUGGGGUGGAGGAAACAGUUCAAACUCUUACACUUGGUUAUCAACCUGAAAACCCCUAUAUUUGUGCUGGCUUAGCUCAUCCUUAUAACUUCAGAUUUUUCCCCAAAGAUGUUGAAAUAUGCAUUUUAACUCAAAGUCACCAAAAUGUGAAGCAUGAGCUUGAGACUACCUUGAAGGUCAAUAAGGAAGAUGUUCUCAGCUUUCUGGGGAGAUAUCAGGACAAAUCCAGUGAGGCAGAUUUUAGACAUCUUUUCCACGUGGAUGUGACACAUUCAUUCCAGCUUGAGUUUCCACAAGCAAUGGGCCUAAGUGUGGAGCUGUUUUCCAGACAGACUAAACUGGAACAUUUUGACUACGGUGUGAGUGUAAAAGCCAUCAUCAACAAGAACGUGUCUUCACAGGCCCAGGCAGCCCUAAAGAGUUACGGUGAGAGCAAUUUCAAUGGCUCUCUCUACCUUCAUUCCAGUGGAAGGGGUGUGCUGAUGAUGGAGGUUGAUAUGGACAAUGAAAACAGGAAGAAUGCCAGAGUUGUCGAAUUGAGGGCUUUCCUCCAUCAGACAAUCCUGACAAACCCAGAAUCAAUACAGUUCCAGCUCAUGGGCAAAAUAUUUCCAUCAAGACUUUUGCUAUCUUCUGAGAUGAAGCUUAAUGAAAAUAGGCUUCAUGUGGAUUUCAUGGGAGCCAGGGAGCAGAAAGUUGGUUUUGUUUUGUCCCUAAAUGGAAGAGUCCAACACACAUUUGCUGGAUUAAAGGCCAUACCUCAUCUUCUUUCUCUGAAUGGAUUACUGAAGUGCAAAAACAACAUUCACGAUGGUAACAUCAAUGUGAUGAUCAACAAAAUUCUGUAUGGACUCCAUCUCAGGAACAGAAAUGUGUUUGGGAAUACCACCGUACACAAUAUCACUUUUGCUAUGUUUCAGAAUGGCAGUCAGGCAAUCCCAAUGGAGGCAAAACUGAAAGGACACCUGGAGCUGAGUAAAGAGAUGAAAAGGGGGCUAGCUAGCUUCCAGGUGGAUGAGAAAGCCCUUUCUGUAGAUUUUUCCAAUGUCAUGAGUCAUGGGCACAGCAGAGUCCAUGGGACUUUCAUACAUAAUAUCAGCUUUUUAAAAAAUGCAGGACUGCCCUUGGAUGGCAUUCUUACUGCCAUGUGUGACCAUGGCACAAGAAAUCACACCAUUACGAUAGCCCUACAGAGUGGCAGUGAAAGUAUUAUGGCUGUGUUUGGAAGUCAAAGACUGUCCACAGAGCCUCCUAAAUCCCAGCUAUCUGUGAGUUUAAAGCACAACAUCUCAAAGUUAAAGAAACAUGGUAUCCCUUUUAUUGUGGAAGCUGCUGGCUCUUAUGAGAAUUUCACCAAAAGGAUUGCUGCAGGGAUAACAACCACCGUGGAGAUGGAACAGCUCAAAAUUGAAAUAGAGAAGAAAACCACUGGCAGUGCUAUGGAAAUUUCUCUUUCACUUCACCAUGAUGUGGGAGGACUGAUUGACAUUGUUCCACAUGUACUAGAGGUUGCUUGCAGUGGAGAAUCUGCUAACAAACAACUUUCCGGCCUUUGCAGUGGAGCAAUUGCAUUUCAUCAUUUUGAGGCUCCAGCAAGAGUUUCACUGAACGGGUCAAUGUUUACCAGCAACUUUACUGUCAUCUUCUUUGGACAUGUUUCUUUUCAUGACAUGUUUGCCUGCCUGCAACUCCAUGCCACCACUACCAUCCAGCCUCGUUUGGAAAUUGACUUCCAGCAUUCUUUGCCUUUGCUUCAGUCUCUGGGAAUUGCCAGAGAGAACCAAGUGAAGGUGUCAGCCAUGAGAAGUGACAAGUAUAAGGGCAUGCUUGGUAUUGUCCUUGGGCCUUGCAGUUUAAAAGCUGAUGGAGAAGUGAGCCUGGCAAGCAAUGAAACAGAUACAGAAUGGGUACUUACUUUUAGAAACAAGUGCGUCAGUCUAGAGAGGAUGGGAUUGCCUCAUGCUGUAGCCUUUGGGGGCUCAUUUCAACAGAACAUCUGCAACGUUGGCUUGUUAAUGAACCUCCAGUGUGACGGCAGAACAGUUGAUGUGCAGAUAGACACUUCCUGCGAACACGAAUAUACGCUCCAAGGGAUGCUCAGGCAUUCAGUUCACUGGCUGAGUCAGCUUGGGCUGCCUUUUGAAAACUCUGUCCUGUUAUCUGCAGCCACAGACUCCACCACCGAGGGCAUUUUGUUGCUGCAGGCUGGCAAAUGCAAACUUAAGGCUAGAGGAGACCUCUGUAUUCAGAAUAAAGCUGAGUGGACGCUGGAAAUGGAAACAGAGUGUCAGCUUCUGCAGGAUCUCAGUAUUCCAACGCAGUCACGGCUUACAGGAUCUAUUCAGAAAGACAACUGCCAAGCAGAACUUCUCUGUGUCCUUGAAACAGACAGCAAGACUGCCCGUCUUGAAGUGAGAGCAGAGUGCAAGCCAAAGAUUACACUGGAAAUUCAGUUCAGGCACGACCUCCCUCAACUGAAGGAAAUCCCAAAGGAAAAUAAGCUGUCCAUCACUGCACGAAAACAGUUAAAAUAUCAUAUUGGAAUAGGAAUGAAAUGGGGUGCUUGUGAGCUUCAAAUGAACGGGGACUUCGACCCUGAAAAGAAGCUUCAGUGGAAAAUGUUUAUAGAAAACAAAUGCCAAACAAUUCAGGAUCUUGGAGCACCAGUAAAAAUUGACAGUUCAGGCUAUGUUUUGAUGGAUAAAAUGAACCUAGAUUCACAGACAUUGAUCACUGUUGAUGGAAGUAAAUUACAAGGACUCCUUAUACUAAAAGUCACUGAUGAAAGACAAGAGUUGGAUGCAGUGCUGACCCAUAAUAUUCAAGGAGCUGCUGACAUUGGCAUUCCUAUGAGGAUGUUAGUUGAUGUGAUAUCAGAAAAAAACAGUGACUUCUAUAAAAGACGUACUCACUUCUGUGUGAACAGCAAGCAAAUUACAGAAGAACUGAGCUUUGUCCAGAAGUUGGAUGUUGUGUCUCUCAACUACAAACUUACUCAUAACAUAGAGGCACUGAAGACUUUGCAAAUAGAAGACAGGAUUGAGUUGCAGGCUAUCUUGAACCUGAAAGUGAUCAAGAGCUUUAGUAUGAAAGUGCAUUAUGGUGCUGACCUGACAGUUCUCGAAGGAAAAAUCCAGGAGUCUGAAAUAAGUACCAACAUAACUGGGAAUUUCCAUCAUACUUGGCCAUGGCUGCUACAAGCCGGAGUCCCAUCAUCUUUACAGAUAGAUGUGGUUUUUCGAGGGAGAAACACUACUCAAGAAAGAUACAUGCAUAUUGCAGCUGGAGAAACGUCAAUCACAUACAUAAUAAACUCCUAUUAUGUUGGUCACCAAGUGGAUAUCUUUUGCCAAAGUGUACACAGUAGCGAGGCACUACAGGCAUCUGGCUACCCUAAGGCAAUCAACUUGAUUCUCAGUUUUCAGAAAUCAGAAAACAAAGCCAAGACUAUCUGUGAAAUCCAAUAUGACGAGAAAGAUAUAGCUGUGACUAUGGAUGUUGACACAGACUUUCAACUCUAUGGUAUAUUUGAAUUCAUGGCAGAGGUGAAGCAUUCAAUAUCACUUCUCCAUCAUCUGGGACUUCCCUUCUUUCUUAAGAUGACCAUUCAAGAAGUCCUGACUGAAAAUGAAAUUGAAGGAGCUCUGAGGCUGACCUAUGAACAAAACACAAACUUCUCCUUUACCAUCAGGAGGAAAAAAGACCUGCAAGGUGAAGAGUUGAAUGUAAAAGCACUCCAGACUCAUCCCUUCUUUCUACAGUACUUCCCCAGUGCAGCAGAACUAUCUUCUAAGGUAAAUUAUGACAUGAGUGAAGCAAAAGGCAAACUCUACGUCAGGAUGGAAAAAAAGGAUUUCAAUGUCACAGCUAAGCUAACUUUCACUGGAACCAGCUACACUAAUGUCAUUGAAAUAAUACAGACAGUGUCCCAGUUAAAAAUUCUUCCAAGGCAGCUUGUGUUUAUGAUGGUUUACCAAAAAGGCAACAGAACACGUAUGCUGAGGCACAUUGCUCUGUGGGAUGGCAAAGAGGUAAAGGUAACAGGCACUUACACUGGACUCUUCCCAAAGUUGCCUGGAGGUCAUGACAUUCAGGUGGAACUUUUCCAUCCUCUCUCCAUCCCUUUCCCACGGCAUGCCAGGAUCAACUUACAUGUGAAGCAUUCAGCACGCAGUCACCGGGAUGAUCUUACUGUCAUUUGGAAUGAGAAGGACCAGGUAUCAGUGUCGUCAUCUCUGAAGUUUGGAAGAGACCGUACGAACUACAGAGCCACUCUUGCCCACCCGUUUAAUUACACUCUGAAGCAACUGAAGGUCCAUUCCCUGUCAGAAAGAAGAGGCAGAAAGUACAACCAGCAGCUGCAGCUCACAGGGAAUGGUGGGCAGCCUGCUGACAUUCAACUGACCCUGGAGGAUAAAUCAAAGAUGAACAUCAGUGCCUGGGAUGGCUGUAUGACACUCUCUUCAGGUCAGCUUCAGAGAGUAUUAAGUAUGGCACACCUGCAAGCAUGUGGGUCUCUAGAGCGAAGAUCAGCAUUCUUUAAUGAAUAUCUAGAUCUGAACUGGGAUGACAAAAAAUUCAAACACAAUUUAACUUACGAGAGAAAUCAAUUCUUGUAUCCUGAUAAAUUUCAGUUAGAAGCUGUUCUGGAAAAUAUUUUCCUGACGUCAUGCACCAAACAGAAGAUUUUAGGUAAAAUAGAAACAAACUACUCGUCUUUCCUGGACUAUUAUACAAGCUUUGAGUUCUGUGACCUUCCAAAUGUAAUUGUUUUCUCUGGAAAACACCAGCUCAACAAAGACAACAUCAUUUUGCAAUCAGAGGGCAGAUUCCACCUUGCUGAUCAUGGGAGAGAUGAGGGGUUGAUUGGAGUAUCCUUGAAAAAUCAGAGUACAGCUGAUGUGAAGAACUAUUCUUUGGAAAUUGAAUUAAGAGCCUUUGAAGAUAUUUGGCUAGGCCUGACAGGAACUGCUGCUUCCUCAUCUGUUCAGAGCCAAAUCCUGCUGGAGGGGAUUAUUGAUCAGAAAGAGAAAGUAAAAGUAGCUGCUUCUAAAGGAAAGGAGUGUUUUCAGUACUACAUGGGGUACUUGAAAGGGGAUUUGGAAGAAGGAAUGGAAGUCAGUGCUUGUACUGAUGGGCAACAGAUGGCUACCGUUAAUACCUAUCUCAACAUUAAUGGUGAAAGGCAAGAAAACAUGGGACAAAUGACUCUAACAGCUGUUAAUGGAAGCUUGAGUUUUCUGGCCCAUGGAUGCGGGGAUCCAAUUCUUAAGGCUGAGUACAAACUUAAUGAAAUUGGGAGCCUUCUGAAAGCCAAACUGACGGAGAAGAUGAAGAAGUUUGACGGAUACAUGUGGAGAUUCAGGAGAUCAGUGCAGCAAGUUGAUUUUCUGUCUGAAGCAGCUGGCUGGCCUUCGAUAGCCUUGCAGAAGGUAGCAGGAUUCCUGCACAGUGUGGGUAGAGCUGUCGUCCAGGUGUGGAAGCAAAGUGGAAUCAGGCAGAUACUGAGAAGCAAGCUCCCGCUUUACCUGGAUAAAAUUCAAGACGUUGUCCAGCAAAUGCAGAAUGAAUUGCAAAAGCCAUUAGCAACCCUGAAGGAUGCCUACUACGAUGUAACCUUGAAGCCACUGGAUGAAGUUUGGCAAGAGAAGACAGAAGAGUACAUGAAGAAAAUCCAGGCUUUUUUGCCCAGGAUUGUAAAAGAUGUGUGGCUAACAGAACCAAUCCAGGUGGCAUUAAAGGUUGUGAAAGCAGGCUUGGAUAUGACUACACAGCAGAUGCUCAGGUGGGCUGAGGCCAUGUUUUCUAGAGCUGUGAGCAAGAUCCGGAAGCCCUUACUCAACCUUUACAGUUUUUCAGCCAGGAACUGUUCAGUGGCAGUAAAACUGCCAGUACUUCCUAAAGCAGACCACUCCCUGGAUCUGGCAAAUAUUACUAAUUAUCUCAUUGAAGAAAAGCUAAUGAGGCCUCUCCAAGACCUCUACAAUAUCAACAUAGUUGCAGAGUAUUAUAGAUUCAAACGGAGGAUGAUGGAGAGUCCCUUUGAAUAUCAUGCUAUGUUAAUGGGGACCAAGCAUCUUAUGACUUUUGAUGGAAAAAUUUACGAUUUGGCAUCAAAGUGCAGUGUACUUCUUGCCAAGGAUUUUGUUCGUAAUACUUUCACUGUAAUACUAAAUGAGGAAACUAGUAACUCAAGGUCACUGUAUGUGGAGAUGAACCAGACUGUGAUCAGUAUCUACCCAAGACUGAAGAUAUCCAAGAUGUAUAACUUUUCCUUUAUGGAAGAGAACUGCCAAGUACUGGAUCAAUCCCUUGAAAAGAAUACCACUCAUUCAAGGACAGAAACCAACAAAAUAGAAGUGUCUAAUCAGAAAGGAGUUUCUGUCUCUUGUGACUUUCAGUAUGAUCUCUGUACUGUCACUCUGGCUGGAUGGCACCACGGUAUUUCAGCUGGGCUCUUUGGUACCAAUGAUAAUGAAGCUGGAAAUGAAUGGAUACUUCCUAAUCAUUCCUUCACUGACAACGUGCAAGAGUUCACACAGAGCUGGCAGGUGAACAAGUGCAGUCUUGUACAGAAGAAAGUGAAGCCAUGUCCAAUUACAGCUAAGCAAAAAGUCUGUAAAGUGUUUUUUGAAGAAUCACAUUCACUUCUUAGGAACUGCUUCAAAGUUGUGGACCCUGAACCAUUCUACAGCAUGUGUACAAACGACGCCUGUGAAUCACAUGAGUUGAAGGCUGCCUGCAGUUUAGCAGCAGCUUUUGUUCAUUUGUGCAACCGAAAUUUUGUCCCUGUGGAAAUUCCUCCUCAGUGCUUAAGCCAGUUCUGAUUGGCAGAUACCAGCCCCGAGGAUGGAAGAACCCUUUCAGCACCCAAAAUAAAGCAGCUAUUUAGAUAGACAAGCUAGAAGCAAUAGAAGGGAGAACAGUAAAAGUGUGAACAAAUUAGUGUUAGAACUAUGAAUAUAAUGAAGCAUAUAUAGUAUAAAAGGAAAGCUUUUCACCCAGAAACACGUGAAGGUAAGAGGAAUGAUUUCAGUACAGUGACAAGAAAUUAUAAUCAACCAGAAGAAAUUGGACAUAAUAGUGUCAGUUACUUAAAAAAAUUCUCCCAUUCAGUGGCAAAAUUGUCUCUUCACAAGCCUUGAACCAUAGCAUGAAUACAUUUAAAAGAUGACAAAAGGUCUUUUUCCAGCUCAGAUUAGUACAAGUGGGCUACUUUGUGAAAGCAGUGUACUGGCUUUGAACCUGUGCAGAGAUGCUGACUUCUUUUUUCUCUGGAACUGAAACUCAGCUGUUCAGUAAAUUCUGCAGAACGUGACCUUUUUCCAAGGAAGUGCCCCAACACACAAGAGGGCUACAAUAGAAGAUGGUUAAAUAAUUGAAAGCAUGUAAUCAUUUUCUCAUUUUUAUGCUGGUUGAUUUCUCCCUUAUUAAUGUGUACAUUGUUAAACGAGAAACAGCCUUCUGGUAUCUGUUCACCAGUUUCACAUUCUCCCUUUGUGUCUUUAGAACCCCCUUCUCAGAAAUCACUUCACACAUUGGGAAAAGGCAACCGAUACCUAUCCUAUUCACAAAGCAGUCUUAAGGUGUUACAGAUACUGUUGUGUGAAAGUGUCUUAUCUGUUAAAUUACUUUCUAUAUUGUAAGUCUAUUGAUAAAAAAAAAGCAUUAUGUUCCUCCACACAGUACCAGGAAUGCAAUUAGUCCUUAAUAAAAGGUAACACUGCAAAAUCCUUCAGAUAUCUUUGCAUAAUAGGCAAACAUUGAAAUAAUGGUGUUCUGAACUAUGAAAUAAUGUUAAUAAACAUUUGACUUCCUUAUUUUUGUGCGAUAGUACAUCUUUACUGAUUAUUCGUAAGAAUAAAGUUGUACUGAUCUACAGCGUUGGAACUGGCUGGGUUUAAAUGGCUCCCACAGUUGUUCAGAGAGAUGAAAACAGCAGCUGGCCUCAGUUAUCUUGUGUACACUGCUUUAGUCUAUGCUUGCUUUCUGAACACUUACACUGUAGUUUUAUACAAAUUCUAAGUAAAACAUGAUUCUCACGCUAGUCAGGAAAAAUUCCUACAAUUGUUAGGAUUCCCAGAAGCAUGAGAUGCUGUUAUACAAAACAUGGCAGAAAUCCAAGUCUUCCUGUGUAGUAAGUUUGUAACUGCUUACUUACAGAGAAGAGGUGUUUAUAAUGAAGCCAAAAUUGUACGAAACAGUUCUGAAAGUUGAAGAAUAUUUAUACCAGUUAUUGAUCAAAAAAAAGGCAUAAUCUUGUCCCCAGUCACUUAAUGCAUGCUAAGCAUGCCACCUUUGAAAAAAUACUGAGGUGACAGUUGCAAGAACAAAGUAAAAUAUCAGCAAGUAGAGCAAGAUUUAGAAGAGCUGCUUUACUUUUCAGCUAAUUGCAGCGCGGUUAGGGAUCCAGAAAUACAGAAAAGAGAAGGGGUUUAACUAUAUGCUAGCUGUAGACAGCAACACUGAGUUGGAUGCAGAUACUGGGACUCCUAGAAGCUGCAUAUAACAUACCAGAGGUGGUAAAGAAGCCAUUUAAACACCAAUAAACAUUUUAAACUACAGCCGUUGUGCUCAGCACAUUGACAGAUGUCUCCGAGAUGUUCCCAGGUUAUGCAAGUGCACGUUUUGUGUCUAGAUACUCAUCAGAGAGGCGAGAACCGAAACGGGCACUCC